AUGUCUGCCCAACGCCCCUUCGCCUUGACCAUCUGCGGAUACCGCAAGCCUGGCAUGGACGAGGAAGAGUACCAUCGCUAUCUCAGUGAGCAUCACGCGGAGGUGGUCAAGAACCAUCUAGUCAAAUUUGGCAUCCGCACCUAUACACUGACCCACAACACCACCGAAUCUAAGCAGCUGAUGAGCCGCAUCUUUGGCAAUCUCCCCGAGGGCAACACCGGUGACUGCGACUGCUAUGCCCAGAUCGUCUUUGAAGAUGUCGAGGAUUACGUCCGCGCUCGCAGCGAUCCCUAUUACAAGGAAGUCAUUUUCCCUGAUCAUGCGAACUUUGCGGACUCGACCAGGACGCAGUUUCUCACGGGCUGGGUGGAGGCCCACAUUGUUGAUGGCAAACUGGUUUCGAAGGAUUGA